AUGGAAUAUGGAGUCGAUAGUACAGAGUCCAGGGCUUCACAGAAUAACAAGCUCAGCAGCUCUGAGCUCAGAUGGUGUCGGUUUGUUGCUCUGCCUGUGGAGACGUGUGGGAUUAACGAUAAUGUGCGACUGCUCUGUGUUCAGAGGCUGCAGACGCUGCUCCAGCUGUUUGUUAUACAGCUGGAGGGAACAACUAAUCCAGAACCGCUGACCCAAACACAGACACUGAACCAAACACAGACACUGACCCAAACACAGCCGCUGACCCAAACACAGACACUGACCCAAACACAGCCGCUGACCCAAACACAGACACUGGCCCAAACACAGCCGCUGACCCAAACACAGACACUGACCCAAACACAGCCAUUGACCCAAACACAGCCGCUGACCCUAACACAGCCGCUGACCCAAAAACAGACACUGACCUAAACACAGCCGCUGACCCAAACACAGACACUGAACCAAACACAGCCGCUGACCCAAACACAGCCGCUGACCCAAACACAGCCGCUGGCCCAAACAGCCACUGACCCAAACACAGCCAUUGACCCAACACAGCCACUGACCCAAACACAGACACUGACACAGCCAUUGACCCAAACACAGACACUGACCCAAACACAGCCGCUGACCCAAACACAGCCAUUGAACCAAACACAGCCAUUGACCCAAACACAGACACUGACCCAAACACAGCCGCUGACCCAAACACAGCCAUUGAACCAAACACAGCCAUUGACCCAAACACAGCCAUUGACCCAAACACAGCCGCUGACCCAAACACAGCCGCUGAACCAAACACAGCCGCUGACCCAAACACAGCCGCUGACCCAAACACAGCUGCUGACCCAAACACAGACACUGACCCGAACACAGACACUCACCCAAACACAGACACUGACCCAAACACAUCCGCUGACCCAAACACAGCCACUGACCCAAACACAGCCACUGACCCAAACACAUCCGCUGACCCAAACACAGACACAGAGUGAAAACGGAGGAUCUCUCAGCUCUGAUCUUCAGGGCGCUCAGUCAGCAGAUCCAGAUCCGUGA